AUGGACAACCUGGUGGACCCCAGCAGAAGGCAGAGACUGAUGGACGUGGUGAAGAACACCAAGACAACGUACCUGCCUUCUUUGGUCAAGACAAUUGGAAAUUUCACGGCCUAUCCGACCUCUUCUGCAUGUGAGCCUUUACCGGAGGAUACCCAAAUUUGUAUUUAUAAUGCGUUCUCUGUUCCAAGUGGCGAUGGGUAUUUGACGGAAGUGACGGCAUGGGUGUAUGCUCCUGGAACAAUGACCCGCAAGAACAGGGUGUUACUAUCUCUCAUGAAUAAGUUUACGAAAUCAGAUGUGGGGCCUGCUACCGAGGCUAUGCUUGAGAAUCAGAUAUUGGAGGAGGCUGAUGCGCCGUCUUUGAGGCGUACUGGCACCAGCUCUUCUCAAUCAACGGCUUCCACUACGGCAUCAACAGCGUCCUUGGGGUCUGAGAUCCUAAAAGCUAGGCUGAGUGCCACUUUUGCGAGACAAAUCUCGUCUACACAGGUCAGGAUAGUGCUUGGAUCAGAAAGUGCCAUCAAAGAGGAUCUCGUGGAAGAAGUGCUUAUAUCAGACGCAAAGGGCAUGAUCGAAACAAAAGUGAAAACCCCCUACAAGCCCUCCGUGGUGCAAUUGUGCUGUGUUGAACUGGACACUACGGCUGCUUUUAAGGAUAUCAUGCACAUUUCCAAGAAAGGAAUCUCUGUUAUAACCGACAUCGACGAUACGGUGAGGAUUACUGGUGUGGUUGGGCCCAAAGCGGAGAUGUUGAGGAACGUCUUUGUGAAGGACUACGUUGAUUGUGCGAUCCCUGGUGUAGCUCAAUGGUUCACCAAGUUGGCGGAUUUGGGAUGUGGAAUUCAUUAUGUAUCCAACAGUCCGUGGCAGGUGUACAAUGUGGUAUGUGACUUCAUGGCCGCGGUUGGAUUGCCUCAUGGUACCAUUCAUUUGAGGCAGUAUAAUGGGAACAUGAUCUCCAGCUUGCUUCAACCCCCUCACGAAAGAAAAAGAGUGAGGCUGGAGAAGAUAGUCAAUGACUUUCCGGAUCGCAGGUUCAUCCUGGUGGGAGAUUCCGGUGAAUCCGAUCUGGAGGCCUACCAUGGAUUGGCUUUGCUCUACCCUGAGAAGAUAAAGGCGAUAUAUAUCAGAGUUAUCCAUGGGUCAUUUUCCUCAUAUGAUGAGCUGAAGGUGUUAGAGGAUCUGCACAACAUGAUUGACGAAAGAGAGCACAGGCUCUCUCCCGAACCGGUGAUGAUAGAUGACCUGAUUGACCUCGACAAAAAGGUGGCGCCUCCGCCUCCUUCAAAACCACAGUUUCUACGAGGCACACCCGUGCUUCAAAAACCUGAACUGCCCAGGCGAAUGCCCAGUCCGACAAUGGCUCCGUCUGUGCCUGCAUUACCACCCAGAAGAAACUUCCAACAAACGGAGUACGAAAACAUGAUGUCAGAGGAAGAGUUGAAUGAUAAGAAAGGUGAGGAGUGGAGGGAAAGGGUCAGAUAUCUGGUGGACACUCUGCCUGCUCAUAUCCACUUCAAGCUGUGGACCGAUGUGAGUGAUGUCUUGGAAGACUCUCUACAAAUAGUGGAGUGA